AUGUCUAAAUCAGUCGGUAUUGAUUUGGGUACUACGUACUCGUGUGUUGCACACUUCUCCAACGACCGUGUUGAGAUCUUGGCUAACGACCAAGGUAACAGAACCACUCCCUCUUUCGUCGCCUUCACCGACAGCGAGAGAUUGAUCGGUGAUGCUGCCAAGAACCAGGCUGCUAUGAACCCAGCCAACACUGUGUUCGACGCUAAGCGUUUGAUCGGUAGAAACUUCGCUGACGCAGAGGUGCAGGGUGACAUGAAGCACUUCCCAUUCAAGGUCAUCGACGUUAGCGGCAAGCCUCAGAUUCAGGUUGAGUACAAGGGUGAGACCAAGGUUUUCACCCCAGAGGAGAUCUCCUCCAUGGUCUUGACCAAGAUGAAGGAGACCGCUGAGAGCUACUUGGGCUGCAAGGUCAACGACGCCGUCGUUACUGUUCCAGCCUACUUCAACGACUCCCAGAGACAGGCUACCAAGGACGCCGGUACCAUCGCUGGUCUAAACGUCUUGAGAAUCAUCAACGAGCCUACCGCUGCUGCCAUUGCUUACGGUUUGGACAAGAAGGAUGAAGGCGAGAAGAACGUCUUGAUCUUCGACUUGGGUGGUGGUACCUUCGAUGUUUCCCUACUAUCCAUCGAGGAUGGUAUCUUCGAGGUCAAGGCCACUGCUGGUGACACCCACUUGGGUGGUGAGGACUUCGACAACAGAUUGGUGAACCACUUUGUUCAGGAGUUCAAGAGAAAGAACAAGAAGGACUUGACCACCAACCAGAGAGCUUUGAGAAGAUUGAGAACUGCCUGUGAGAGAGCUAAGAGAACUUUGUCCUCCUCUGCACAGACUUCCAUCGAAAUCGACUCUCUAUUCGAGGGUAUUGACAUGUACACCUCCAUCACCAGAGCCAGAUUCGAGGAGUUGUGUGCUGACUUGUUCAGAUCUACUUUGGACCCAGUUGAGAAGGUUUUGAGAGAUGCUAAGUUGGACAAGUCUCAGGUCCACGAGAUCGUGUUGGUCGGUGGUUCUACCAGAAUUCCAAAGGUCCAAAAGUUGGUCUCUGACUACUUCAACGGUAAGGAGCCAAACAGAUCCAUCAACCCUGAUGAGGCUGUUGCAUACGGUGCCGCCGUCCAGGCUGCCAUCUUGACUGGUGACACUUCCUCCAAGACCCAGGACUUGUUGUUGUUGGAUGUUGCUCCUCUAUCUUUGGGUAUCGAGACCGCCGGUGGUGUCAUGACCAAGUUGAUUCCAAGAAACUCUACUAUCCCAACCAAGAAGUCCGAGAUCUUCUCUACCUACGCCGACAACCAGCCAGGUGUCUUGAUCCAGGUCUACGAGGGUGAGAGAGCUAGAACGAAGGACAACAACUUGUUGGGUAAGUUCGACUUGACUGGUAUCCCACCAGCUCCAAGAGGUGUGCCACAGAUCGAAGUCACCUUCGACAUCGACGCCAACGGUAUCUUGAACGUCUCUGCUGUUGAAAAGGGUACUGGUAAGUCUGAGAAGAUCACCAUCACCAACGACAAGGGUAGAUUGUCCAAGGAGGACAUCGAGAGAAUGGUCUCCGAGGCUGAGAAGUUCAAGGAGGAGGAUGAAAAGGAGGCUGCUAGAAUUGCUGCUAGAAACCAGUUGGAGUCCAUGUCCUACUCCAUCAAGAACUCUCUAUCGGAGGCUGGUGACAAGCUGGAGGCCGCUGACAAGGAGACCUUGACUAAGGCCUGCGAUGAGGUCGUCGAGUGGUUGGACCACAACACCACCGCCACCGCUGAGGAGUACAACGAUAAGUUGAAGGAGUUGCAAGAGGUCUCCAACCCAAUCAUGGCUAAGCUAUACCAGCAAGGUGGUGCUGCCCCAGGUGGCGCUGCCCCAGGUGGUUUCCCAGGUGCUGGCGCUGCCGCUCCAGGCGCUGACGGUCCUACCGUCGAGGAAGUCGACUAA